AUGCCAGCCUAUGAAAUCACGCUGAUUACGCGCUCCCUCGCUAAACCGGAAUUAUUUAAUACUCUGCGUCGUGCCGCGAAACUUCUGCUCGACAGCGGUGCUGUAAUUGAGAAAAUGGAGAGCCUUGGUCAUCGCGAUCUGCCGUACAGAAGAGUCAGGAAGCAAACCACCGAACACGUGUACACUUCAAAUUAUUUCUUAAUAAAAGCAUUUAUGCCGAGAGAGGUGCGACAAACAACAACAACAGUACUGCGCAACGACCUCGACCUGGUUCACGUCGUAUUUGUACCUCAAAAGCCCGUGGAACCAAUUCAUUGCAAUUUGGAACAACUCCUUCAGCCGCCACCCAAAAGAGAAUCAGUGAAAGCAUUACGGGACAAGCAGAAAUUCGGACACUAUACACGACAGAUGAUUUACAAACGAACGGAGAAGGAAUGGAAAGCGGUCCCAAAAUCGUAUCCAAUCGCAGAACCCGAAUUCGUCCCAGCACCACCAACACCAAGGCCCGAGUAG